AUGGGAAAUAGGUAUUACAAGCUGGUGGCUGCGGUGCUGCUGGUCAUGAAUGUCGAGAGGACAAGGUCAAUGCAGGCCUCCUGCAGGAACUGUCCAGCUGGUACUUUCUGCGGGAAAAACAGGAGCACACCGUGCCUCCCCUGUCCCUCCGACAGUUUCUCCAGCUCCGGCGGGCAAGAGGCCUGUGACCCAUGCCGGAGGUGCGAAGGUGUCUUCAGGACUAAGCGGGCGUGCUCCGCCACCAGCGACGCGGAGUGCGAGUGCGUCCCGGGGUUCCGCUGCCAGGGGGCCCGGUGCGCCAUGUGCGAGCUGGACUGUCCGCAGGGCCAGGAAUUAACCACGGACGGUUGCAAAGACUGUAACGUUGGGACAUUUAAUGAUCAGAAAGGCGGCACCUGUCGACCCUGGACGGACUGUUCUUUGGAUGGGAAGACUGUCCUCGUGAACGGGACAAAGGCGAGCGACGUGGUGUGUGGGCCAACUUCGGGCGACUUCUCUCCAGGUACCACCUCCACCACCACGCGGCCCCCCGCGCCGGAGCCAGGUCGCGGCCCCCAGAUCAGCAUCAUCUUCCUGGCGCUGGCGUUGACCCUGGUCGUGCUCCUGCUGGUCUUCCUCACGCUCAGGAUCUCGGCCGUGGAGCAGGGCAGGAAGCAGCUGCUCUACCUGCUCAAGCAACCAUUCAUGAAGGCCGUACAAACUGCCCAGGAGGAAGACGGCUGCAGCUGCGGAUUCCCAGAAGAGGAGGAGGGAGAGCCGUGUACACUAUGA